AUGGAACACCAUCCCUACGCCGAGACGACCGAGUUCUACGGCUGGCUCGACCAGAGCUCGCUCCAUCCAGACACCAACGCCACCAAAAACAUGAACCUCAAGUCCCUCUCCAAUUACGCAUUCAUAGAGUCCUCGCUCGACAACGACAACUUCGUCCAAUCCUGGGACCUGAGCGGCUACGACGCUAUCGAGCUCGUGCUGGGCAAAUCAGACGGGAAGACAUAUACGCUCGCACUAAAAGACGACAGGUUCUUCCUCUCGUGGGAGGCACAAUUUCGCUGCAUCAAUGAAAAGGGCCUCAUGACGGCCACGAGGAAAGUCCUCCGGUUCAGGGACCUGGUGCCACAGCGUCGGCGGACAAGCACGUUUAUGAGCGCGCAUCCGAGGGAGCUGGAUCUGCAGAAAACUCUAUACUCAUCAGGCAGCAGUGGCAGGUCCGGCUCUUUGCAAGAAGGACCCUUCUCGCUGAGCAUAUACGCGGUUAAUGCGGUGAAGCUGGAUUGUUCGUGUCCAUGUCCGCUCGUUCAUGACACCGUACCCGGAAAGGGUCAAGGGUUGGAAUUUGAGAUGUCACGACUGAAGAACAGGGUUGCGGCGUUUAUUUCGUAUUUGGCGAUGAAGAUGACAAAACCAAACCCAAAACGAAAACUAAAGCAAAAGUGA